AUGGAAAAUCAGGUUUUGAAUCAAGACAGAUAUUGCCAGGUCAACUUCCAGCAAUUUGGAGGUUAUAUUACCGUUGAUGAAAAGCAAGACAGAGCUCUGUUCUACUACUUUGUUGAAGCAGAGACUGACCCUGCUUCCAAGCCUCUUGUUCUUUGGUUAAAUGGAGGACCUGGUUGUUCAUCUCUUGGAGCUGGAGCUUUCUGUGAGCAUGGCCUUUUAAACCAAGUGGCCAGAUUUUGGUCAAAAAUGAUUAUAGCUGGAAUAAAGAAGCAAACAUGUUAUAUUUGGAGUCACCCGCAUGAGUUGGGUUUUCUUAUUCAGCCAAUAAAUCCUAUUAUACAAGAGUGGAUGACGACAUGACAGGUA